AUGGCGGUCCCGUUGGGUAACCUAAAUCCUGAUGAUGCUGGUACCCAUUCGCCAUGUCAUCGUGAAUAUUCUGAAGCUCCUGACCCACUUCGUGAUGAUAGCUUCCAUGGUAACCAGGAAGAAGCCAUUGAUUCCAGUCGUCGCGGUGACAACAGUCGAAAGCAAUGUCGCGACCAACCGUUGGCUGCUCCACAAAAUCAAAUGGGUCAACAACAAUUACAACAACAGAACCAGCAACAAUCCGCCCGUCACGCGAAUCAUAACAAUAAUAAUAAUCAGGAGAAACGAGGAGAGAAGAAAGGAAAGAAGGAGAAAACUGUUCCGAGAGGAAAGGGUUUGACGAAGAAGAGAGGCAGAAGAACACGUGAGGACGACACUAUUUCGAAUAUCCCCGACGAGAUGCCCGAUCUGGAGAUCACCCGUGAGCACGCCGAGCCAUUCUACACGGAUGAGCAAUUGAUGUAG